AUGAGUUAUUUAGGAGUCGGAACCAGUCCCAUAAACGUCGUCGAGACCAACAAAAUGAAGCUGAUCGAUCGGAAAGUGAGACUCACGGAGCUGAUUCUGAGGUGUUCCGUCUGCGCACUUGCUCUCGUCGCUGCGAUUCUCAUUGCUACAGACACCCAAGUUAAAGAGAUCUUCACCAUCCAGAAGAAAGCCAAAUACACCGACAUGAAGGCGCUUGUGUUCUUGGUGGUCGUCAAUGGUAUAGCCGCGGCUUAUUCUCUGUUGCACGCGGUUCGUUGCGUUGUGGGUAUGAUGAAAGGAAGCGUUUUGUUCAGUAAGCCUCUGGCUUGGGCCAUUUUCUCCGGAGAUCAGGCUGUAGCGUACUUGACGGUGGCGGGAAUCGCAGCAGCGGCGCAAUCUGCGGCAUUUGCAAAGCUUGGUGAGCCAGAGCUCCAAUGGAUGAAGCUAUGCACAAUCUAUGGCAAGUUCUGUGACAAAGUGGGUGAAGGAAUUGCCAUCUCGCUGCUUGCUAGCAUUGGAAUGGUUAUGAUCUCUUGCAUUUCUGCUUUGGGUCUCUUUCGUUUGUAUGGAGGUAACAAAGCGCAAAGAAGCUCGCGGUGGUGA